GCGGUGCAGUCAGUGUCUGCGGGGGACGGAGCACCUCAGACGGGAUGGAGGCUGUCGGUACGCGGCGGUAGCUCCGCGGAUCUCCGGCCGGCCGCUGUGUGUCUGUCCCCGCUCAGGAUGUCUGUGUCCGGGAUGAAGAAGCAGCUCCACAAAGCCAGCCAGCUGCUGAACGAGAGGCUGAUGGGAGCUGAAGGGACGAAGAUGGACGAAGACUUCCUGAAGAUGGAGAAGAGCGUUGUAGUCAUCCACUCUCUGCUGGUUGAGCUGCUGUCCAGAACUACAGAGUUCCUCCAGCCGAACCCAGCUGACAGAGCCAAACUGAGCAUGCUCAACACGAUGUCCAGGAUUCGAGGACAGGGGAAGUCGGUGGGUUACCCGCAGACAGAGGGCAUGCUGGGAGACUGUAUGUUGCACUACGGCCAGGAGCUCGGAGCUGCUUCUGAAUUUGGUGGCGCUCUGUCUGGUGUGGGUGAAGCUCUGCAGCAGGUUGCUCAGGCCAGGGACACUCUGGACAUCAACGUCAAACGCAGCUUCAUCGACCCACUGCAGGACCUCAAUGACACGGAGCUGAAGGAGAUCAGGUACCAGCUGAAGAAGCUGAACGGUCGUCGGCUGGACUUCGACUACAAGAGGAGACGAAGAGGGAAAGUCCCGGCGGAGGAGGUCCGACAGGCCUGGGACAAGUUCAUCACAUCCAAAGAGCUGGCAGAGAGGAGCAUGUUCGUCCUGCUGCAGAACGAUGUGGAUCAGCUCAGUCGUCUGGCUGCCCUGGUCGCCGCGCUGUUGGACUUUCACCGCAACGCCCACCGCAUCCUCCUGGGUCUCCAUGGCAACCUGCAGGCAAGGCUGACGGCUGCCAGCAACAGACCAGAGCGACGAUUCAGACCCAAAAAGAUCCGGAUCAGGAGUGAACACAACGGCAGCAUUGGAUUUUACCACCAGCCGGCAGUCACAUCUACGGUUUCCUCAGGAGAGCAGUUCACAGCAUUACCGUCCAGACCCGGCAGUCCCAUCUCCUGUUACAGUGUCUCUCGUCCAGCCGACAGUAAGCUGGUCCUGGAUCAGCCCUGUUGCCGGGCGCUGUACUCCUUCCACCCGAACCACGAGGGCGAGCUGGACUUCAGCGAAGGCGACGUCAUCAUCCUAACCAAUCAGGUCGACGGCAACUGGUACGAGGGCACGCUCGGCGGCCAGUCGGGACUGUUCCCCGUCAGCUACGUGGACGUGCUGGUGCCUCUGCCGUUACCAUGAUGACAAAACAUCCACGGACUCCACGCCAAACAUAGUACACGUUGGUCUGAGUGUGCUUUCAGUGAUAUGCAACUUUUCGGCUUCUUAUUUGCACUUUUUCACACGCGACUCAGCGGGCUGCGAGUCGGUUUCACAGGAAAGGAAGGCCAUAGUUUCUACUGGAGAGCACUUUAGUUCCUGAUCUCAUGUUAGACAUUAAAACACCAGCUGCUACAGAGCUCAGUCAGUAAAACAAGUGUGUGUUUCCCUUUAAGACUUUUAGCUUCUUUUCGAGCACAAAACUGCUCUUGCCUUUCACGUUUCUAUUUCUGAACUUAAACACAUGCAGCCAAAUAAGAUAGAUCGACUGUUUUAGAGCACCAUCAGGGUGCAACCACUAGAAUGUUUCAUGAUAAAUAUCAGUGUAAGUUUACUUUAUAUUUAAGGCUACCAGUGUCGUGGGUGGUACUGUGUGACAGCUGUGAUCAGUGUCGUUCACUCUGCAUGUACUUAAAGCAAACUUAUUGUAUUGUCUGCACUUUAUCUGAAGCUUUAUGAGACUCAGGCCAGGAAAUGCUUUUUUAUGACUUAAAGGUACAUUAUGUAAUUUCUGCCACUAGG